AUGUGGCGGCGAAGGAACUUACCGGAAAACCCAGAUUCUGAUCAGAGCAUAUCCGAGGAAGAGGAAGAGCACGGCAAUGUUAGUUUGAGAGAAAAUGAUUUGUGGCCAAGUGAGAAGGCCAAGGAAGAGGGAGGAUUACUACUUCAAACGAAGCUCGAAGAUCUCAUUGGAGAUGGGAGAUUUCAUUCUCAGCUACACAAGAUCUCAUCCUCUCUUGAGGAUGAUGUUGAAGUUCCUGAUUCUCCAGAGGAGAGCCUUUUCGUUUCUUCUGGAAGAGCUGGAUUACAUGCUCAGGAAAGUGUGUCAGAUGAUGAGAUUCCACAUGAUGAACCAGUAGAAACGUGGUCCGCUAUAAGUAAAGAAACAAAGUCACUAAUCCAUUUGAAUGGUAUUGCUUCAGUCUCAUCAUCUGGCUUCAGAACCAAGAGAGGUAGUAAAGUUGGCAAAGACCAUGUGAGGCCGAAAUUUGCAUUUCACUCGCAUACUCAUGGAGAGACGUUAUCAAAGAUAAGUGACAUGGCUGAAAUAUUCGAGCCUGCUGCUGAUGAAGCUACAGAGGAGGAUCCAAUCGUUGAAUGCCCCAACGGUUUUGAUGAAAUAUCAGAAAACGGGUAUACUGAGGAUUCGGUAUCAAAGCUUUUAGUCCCUCCUCCAGAUAAUAUAAGAGUGAUAAAAAGAAGAGCUCCAAACCGUAGGCGCAAAGGCAAAAGUCUAAAAUUUGCUCAUAAGGGAAGUUCAUGUAACUUCCAAGAUAGUGAUACUGAUGAUGAACUUCCUGGACCCAUGGAUAGUGGAUCAUCAAGCGAUGAUGAGCCUAGGUUUCAAGUGGCAGACAAUUCGGACGAGAAGAAACAAUUUGUUGGAGACCGGUUUAAUGAAGCAGUAAAAGCGUCCUCUUUGAGCAAGGAAGGGCUCUUGUUCGGUUCACCAAAAUUAUCUGGCGGCUCUAGCCUGUAUGAGAAGCUACAACAGAUCGUGAAACAAGAAAAAGAGACGGAAAUAGAAAUCAUGAAGAAAUUGCAGUGUGGAAUCGAACAAGCAGAUGCGUCGAACUAUGUUAAUAUAAAGAUCAAGUCAAGACACUUGGAGGGAAAGCUAGUCGUCUGCAAAUGCUCUGUCAUCGACCUUUUCGGGGACUCUCUAUUGCUUAGGAACACACAAGCUCUUGCGGCCAAAGAAACAGAGACAACCAUCAUCUUUAAUCCUAAAGUUUGCGCAGAUGUUGAUAUCGAAAUCGGGAGCUUUGUCCGUAUAUAUUCGCCAUGGAAAGAAAUGGAAGUGAAGAGCACCAAUGAGUCCCCCACAAUGGACUGCGUAAGGAUGGUGUUGAAGCUAUUGCCCAAAUCGAAGCGUGAGGCAGAAGUAAAAAAGCUAGGUUACAAGGUUCAUGGCCAUCCUUUCUCCACCAACACAAGGCGUGUCCUCGCUGUUCUCCUUGAGAAAGGACUCUCCUACGAGCCCAUCACCGUCAACUUGCAGACCGGAGAACACAAAACGGAACAUUUUCUCUCUCUCAACCCAUUUGGUCAAGUCCCCGUUUUUGAAGAUGGAAAUGUCAAGCUGUGUGAAUCCCGAGCCAUCACGCAAUACAUAGCAUAUGUUCAUAUGUCAAGAGGCACGCAGCUUCUAAAUCUUCAAAGCCACGAAACAAUGGCAACGCUAACAAUGUGGAUGGAAAUCGAAGCACAUCAGUUCGAUCCACCUGCAUCGAAACUCACUUGGGAACAAGUCAUCAAGCCUCUCUACGGUCUAGAGACUGACCGGACGGUCGUCAAAGAAAACGAGGCUAUUCUAGAGAAGGUUCUAGAUGUGUACGAGAAACGGCUUGAAGGAUCUAAAUUCUUAGCUUGUAGUACCUUUACGUUGGUUGAUCUUCAUCACUUACCUAAUAUACAAUACCUUUUGGGAACUUCAACGAAGAGAUUGUUCGAAAAUCGACCUAAAGUGCGUCAGUGGGUGAAUGAGAUUACGACUAGGGAGGCUUGGAAGAUGGCUUGUGAUCAAGACAAGUCAUGGUUUGGUAAGCAAAUGAAAGAAAUGAAAGCGACUUAA